AUGAACCAAUUGGACGCAAUAGCAACUGUUGCAUACUCUGAUGAGAACAUUGUUGUCAAAAGUGUGGAAAAUAAUUGCACUCAUGACUGCAACAAGCAAAUGCAAGAAGUAUCAAUUGGCAAUAAUUGUGACUCGAUCAUUCCUUAUGACGGGUUCGAAGAAUCGAGCAACUUGUGUUCAAUGCCGUCAACGUGCUUAGAGCCAAAUGAUCCUGAAGAAGAUGUGCAAUCGCCUAUUCUUUGCAAAUCAGUAUCAAGUCGAAGCCCAUUAACAUGUAGCGAGAAGAAACAACGAGCGCCAUCGUGGACAAUCCAUGACGUGCAAGAGUAUUACGCUAUGCUUGAGUUGCUGCAAGACACAUGCUAUGACUCAAAAGAUCGUGACAUUUGUCUUUCAAUGGACACACUUGGCCACAUGGAACAAUUGCUCAUGUUGCUUAUGCCACAACAGUCUCUUUUGUAG